AUGGAAGCUGCGGCGAAGACGGUCGAGGUGCUGUCCAAGCGCAUCCUACCAGACAAACCACAUCAUCUGUCGCUCUCUCCCACCCGGCGCUACUGCCAGCUCCCGGAAGGCGACGACGCCCGCUCCUCUCGCGGCGCCAAACGCCGCUUCGAGGAAUGGCACAACACCCGCCUGCAAUACUCCACCUUCCUGUCCGAAGCCGACCGCGGCACCCUGUUCACCCGCUCCUACUACGACAUGCGCGAGGAUCCCUCGGAACCCCUGCCUCGCGACGUAGGCGCCCUCUCCAGGGCCGCCAACGCCGGCGAGAAGAAGAAGCUGUCCCUGAGCGACUACAGGAACAAGAAGACGGGCGCGCUGCUGCCUGCCUCGGCCUCGCCGCCCGAACCAGAAGCCGCGGCCAAGAGGAAGGAGAGCGAGCGCGCCGCGCCGGCAUCCGUCCCCUCGGCCGCGUGCCGCCCGCCCACGCCCACGCCCACGCCCGUCGACGUCGACGGCGGCAAAACGCAACACCAAACGCAACACCCGGGCACGACCCGACGAACCGACCCCCCCAACGGCCCCAAGACGCGCGAGCCAGCGUCCCGCUUGUCCGGCGGCGCCAAGGCGAAACCGAGUCGCGACCGUGGGCCCGCGGCCGCGGAAUCGAGGCUGCCGCCGAAACCUGCCUCGCUGCCGCUCAAGCCGCCGUCGCCCGCGGGCAAGCGACGUGUGCUCGACGCGGAUGAUGAUCGCCCUUCGAAACGCUCCAAACCGGACGACCGGCCACAGCUGCUCAAUCGCGACGAUGCCCACCGGCGUAAGGACGGCAAACUCCCACCAUUGUCGCGUGACCGUGACCGUGACCGUGACCGUGACCGUGACCGUGAUCGUGAUCGUGAUCGCGAUCGCGAUCGAGACCGCGGCGGGCCCCCCGCACCACAGCCGCAACCAGCGCCGCCGCCGUCGUCGUCAAGGGAUGACCGAGGACAUUCUGCACACUCAUUGACCAACGGGAGGGCCAACCUUAAAGGCUCUGCUCCGCCCGGCCGCAGCACACCCCCUGCUGGACGGCCGCGAGGCGAAGCUGCUGCCAACGGCGUGCGCCCCAGCUCGGUCAACAGCAACCGGGGGACACCCACGAAAACCGACGCCGCCGCCAAGACAUUCGUACCACCCCUCCUCUCCCCGUUACACCUCAGCUUCGGUGGCCGGGAAAAGCGAUCGCGCGCAGAGGACGACGAUGCAAUGACGAAAAGGGACAAGAAGAGGCGGGACGACGCGGGCGAUGCUGCCGGCGCCGCCGCGACCAAGCCAAAGAGGCUUGCGGAUGCGGCGGCGCCGCCGCCGCCGCCGACGACGACGACGACGACCACCACCACCACCACCAAGAGGCAAAAAUUGCCCGUGGCCAUACCGCCGCUGCUGUCGCCCACGCUGCCUCCAGCUGUCGAGGCCGAGCUGAGACGCCGCAAGAAGUCGUCGUCGGACUCGUCGGACGAGAAGACAAAGGAUGGCCGCGACGCCUUGGGCAUCAAGAGGCACCCGGCGGACGACGACGACGAUAUCAACAACGACGACGACGGUGGUGGUGUCGGCGGCGGCGCGGAGGAGGUUGCCAAGCGCGUCAGCAAGCUUGGCCACCGCAGGAGACUGAUCAUGGUGCUCAGCGUGCCCAAGAGGCUGCGAGCGUCGUUUGCAAAGAUUGUUGCGCGGGCGCCGCCGCCGCCGCCGCCGCCACCGCCGCCCUUGCACAGGAAAAACUCGCAGAGCCAGUCCGAACGGGAGCAGCAAGACCGGAAACCUUGCCGUGCGGCGGGCAGCGACGACGCCUUGCGACCGCAGCCGCAGCCGCAACGGCAGCAGCAGCAGCAGCAGCAGCAGCAACAGCAGCAACAGCAGCAGCAAGCACCGGCGAGGAAGCGGCCGAUGAUGGGCGCCGCCGAGGCAGGCGGCCCGUCCGACGCGACAGCCGCGAAGCGACCGCGCUCGUCCGACGUCGCCGCGGCCGUCGCCGCCCCCGCCAAACUGGGCACGCCGUCGACGCCGUCCAAAAAGACGACGACCAUGUCGCGCGUCAGCUCGACCAACUCGGCGGCCCACACGCCCGCCGAGCCGGCCACCUCGACGACGCCCUCGGCCUCAGCCACGGACCGCCGCCCCAACGGCGGCAGCGACCCCCCCGCGCCCGCAGGCAAGGCGGACAGGCCCGAGGCGCGGCUGAUGAAGGAGAAGGAGGACCUCCUCAAGGCCGUGGGCAAGAAGCUCAAGCACCAGGCCGACCUGAAGCGCAGCCCCGCCGGCCGCGGCGACGCGCGGGCCCCGGCCGACGCCCACGCCCUCAAGCUCGGCUACGUGCUCAGCCUGGAGAGCAUCAUCGCCUUCGUCAUGGGCUUCCACGCGCAGAACCUCCACCGCGGCAUGCUCAGCAAGACGGGCGACCCGACCGGCUGGAACAGCAUGUUCCCGCUCUUCGAGUUCCUGCAGGGCGAGAUGCGCCGCGGCAACGCUGCUGCCGCCGCCGCCGCCGCCGCCGCCGCCGACGCCGACGCGCCCGGCUGCCACCAGCCCCUGUACGCCAUGCUGCUGCUGCUGCACGCCGUCGCGCUCGACGAGAUGCUCAAGUGCUACAUCCACCUCGACAGCCCCGGCGCGCACGGCGUCACCCUCGACGGCCUGGUGCGCAGCGAGCGCCGGAAGCACCGCCUGUGGCUGCAGCUACGUCUACUUCAUCGCCGCUUCCUCUUUGCCGUUCCCAGAGGCUCAUUUUCGUUUCAUCUUCAUAACGACGCAGAUUCCUCAUGGCUUUGUUUUUUUUUUCUUAAUUCAUUUUUCAAGAAAAACCCCGGUAAUGAAUAUCGUCUCUUAAGCAUCAACUUCCUCGACUCGUUCACUUUGGAUAUUUUCUGGGUCAAUCCUCGGGAAACAGGCGGCGUCACUUGCUCAGCAGAUCCUCCAAACCGGAACCCGGAACCCAAGACACGUGUGCGCACACAUGGCUAG